AUGUUUGCAUGGGAAAGCCUUCAUAGCAUCGCUGUCGGGGGUAUUGCCCCGCAUCUCACCGAGCUCGCUGCUAGUCUUGAGCGUCGCGGUCAUGAGGUCCAUGUUUACGUCCGAACAGGAGCUGGUCAGGCCUCAUACGAACAAAUCGAUGGCGUUCACAUUCAUCGCAUUGCUUUUGAGCUCUCAUCUGACUUUGUUCAGGAAGUCACGAAUAUGUGCAACGCUAUGGUUCAUUUCAUGAUCGAGACGGAACAUUUUAUGGAUGCUAAGUUUGAUAUCUGCCACGCCCACGACUGGCUCGCGGCCCCGGCUCUGAUUAACAUUAAGCACAACCACGAUCGCAAAUGUGUCUUUACCGUACAUUCCACUGAAUUUGGUCGAUGCGGCAAUAAUGUCUACGGGGGACAGAGUGCUCGCAUUCGUGGCUUGGAAAACGAUGCCAUCGCUCUGGCAGACAAAGUGAUUGGUGUUUCCGGCGUGCUUUGCGACGAGAUCAAAGGGCAUUACCAAUUUGACUGGGACAAGCUCAGAUGUGUUUACAACGGCAUAAACUGUCUCCGCUAUGAUGGAAAUCUUUGGGAUCCAUCAGAGGUACGUGGUUUGUAUGGUGUGGGCCCUAUGGAUCCUAUGGUCCUGUUCGUCGGACGCAUGGCUACACAAAAGGGUCCUGAUAUUCUUGUUGAAGCCAUCCCGAGUGUAUUGGCAUCUCGGCCGGACGCCAAGUUUGUCUUAGUUGGGGAUGGGUAUAUGAAAGAGGCGCUUGUCGCCCGUAUUCAUGAGAUGGGCGUAGCUAGCAGUGUGUGUUUUACUGGUCAAAUGAGCGGGCAACCGCUUGUUGAUUUGUUCAAGGCGACAGAUCUCGUGGCGAUUCCGAGUCGCAAUGAACCUUUCGGGAUCGUGACACUUGAAGCCUGGGCUUCCAACAAGCCCGUUGUGGUGACGAAGAGCGGUGGGCCACGUGAGUUUGUAUGGCAUGAUAACGACGGUUAUCUGGUUGAUACAUCUUCAGAUGGUAUGGCCUGGGGCAUCUGCACUGCUUUCAGCAACUUUGAGCAUGCCAGGUAUAUGGGGGAUAGGGGACGCGUCAAGGCUGCAUUCCAGUUCUCCUGGGAUAACAUUGCAGAGAACACAAACAAUAUUUACGAUGAGCUGUUGCCUGACCACCCCGGACAUCCUGCUCCGGAUGAAGCAGCGCGGAAGAUCGAGAUGGAGCAAAUGAAGAAGUGAAGGGGGUUAGCAACCGGGGAAUAUCAGCAAUAUUGCGAGCCUUCUGUUUGUGUAUGUGUAAGGGGUGAGACGAUCAGGGCGACAAAUAUUAGUGUCGUGCCUGUACUGGGUUUUAUGCAGUUGUCGUGGUAGCUGAAGUGUUGUUCAGAAAGAUUAGCGGUAGGCAGAGAUGUUGCACGGAUAUACAUGCGGUGGUGGGAAGAGGACAUGGGAACAUUGCUCACAUCAGCGGGAUGUGAUGUCAUCUGUUGAGAGGUAGUAGACUUUGUUGCUCUCAUUUCAGCAUGCAGUGUAAUACGGUUCGAGGUGUAGCGCCUCAGCUACCUCGGAGUAGGUCUCGCGAGUCUGUGACAUGUUGUCGACAUUCCAAUAUGGUCUAUAUGCUUGAAGAUUUAGAGGUUUUUGUCCAGCGAUUCUCAUAAACUAAGGAUGCACACAUCCCCGCUCGUGUAAUACA